UUAUUCCUUCUUUUCAUGGCUUGCCGUUCUUUCUAUCCCUUCUUCCCUCCUCUGCCCUUCUUCUCCUAUCUCACCUAAUCUCGUUCUGCUUCGGUUCACAAACAUUGUGAUUUGGCUGAAGUGUGACUGUGGCAGCCAUAUUUGUCUUCCACUCAUCUUUCCGUCCAUUAGCGACGGAGCAGAGAGGCGUUGCUGAACCUCAUUUCCUUUGGAAUGACCCUAAUUACACGCUCAGGAAAUCUAAGAUAAUUAGCACUCAGGAUUUGAGAUUUGGUCCUUAACUCCUCAAAGAUGAGGUCAUCCAAGUGCGUCAGUUUGCUCUGAGGAGGAAACGGGGAAAAGUUACGACGACUGUCGAUCGACCUGAGAUGUUUUCGUCUGAAGUUUACAACAUUAGCUUGUUGUGUUGAUCGACUUAAUGAGGGUAAACUCAAAGAGUCCAUAAUUUAUAAAACCUACAAGAACCUUUUUUCAGUGAAGUGUUUUAAAAUCUUUGGAGUGUCUGCUUUCCUUCAAUUUCCCAGAAUACCUCACUGUAACGUCAUUGCCAUCGGAGUAGUGAAGACAUAUUGUGUCUUUCGAGAUAUGAAAUACAUUUUUCACUUCAAUGAGACUGACUUCCUUAAAUAAAAUCAAGCCUCCCUGUCGAUGAUGUAAUGACCUCAUCUGACCGAUCAGCUCACGACGUCUCCUCAAAACCGAGAGCAGCGUGAGAACUUGACUCUGCUGCUAAAAACAAACGGUGACGUCUGUGUUGACGUCACAGAGAACAGCACUGAAUCACCAUCAAUCUGUAUUGAGCAGACACAGAAGGAGAGAUUAAACCAGAUCUUCAUCGAUCUCUUCCAACCGCUGAGUUUGCUCCCAUGAGGCCGAGGGGCCACAGAUGACUUCACGGUGGGACCGCACGAGUCAUUUUGAUUGGCUCGUUCCAAGGACGGGGAAAGCUGCUCCACCGGCUGCUGAAGCUCCACCAGGUUAAACUCUCCAAUGUGGAUUGUCUAGCCGUGGCGUUUUUUUGUGCUGCAAUGCCCAAAUUCACAAAUGUUCGAUAAUCGACUCUAAUGAAUGAGAUUAGUGGGACUAAUUACUUUGUUUGUACUGUUCAGACAUCAGUCAGGGAGAGUAAACCUGUGUUCACUGAUGUUUUUACAUUAACUCUCAUAUAUAUCAUGUAUAUCUUUACACUUCACCAGUGAAAAUAAACAGCUCCGGAAGUCCUUCUGCUGGUGUGAAUCAAAAAUAAGAGUAUGUUAACAGACAAGGAGAUAAUGACCAACUAUUCUGAUAAUUAAUGAAUCAUUUUUCAUGUAAAAAAUAGCCUCUUAAAUAUGAAGAUUUCCUGCUUUUUUCUUAUUUUAUAUCAUAUUAAACUGCAUGAAUAUCUUUGGGGUUUGGAGUGUUGUUAUCUCGACAUGUUAGUUUAUUUACAGCAGCAUAUAACAGCAUUUUGUUUCUUAAUAUCUACCCUUACAUGUUGAAGCUUUGGGACUUUGUGGUUUGAAGAUGAGGACUGAUGAGGUUAUAUUUGGCCUCAUACAACGGUUCGUACUCUAAUAACUCAGGUAACAUGCUGCUCCUUACAUGAAUACAGUCUUUUCAAAAUAAACUUCCGUCUUCACAGGAAACAACACAUUUAGGAUUAAGCAACAAAACUACUUAGUGAGGUUUAGAAAAAGUAGCUGGUUUUGGUCAAAAUAAUUACGUUAGUGCCGUUACUGAAGUAGAGAAGUUGUGUGACGACAAAAAAUAAAAUCCACGUUGACUUUUCGUUUCACACGAGGAACAAACAGCAGUGUGCUCGAGGAAAGAGCCAUGUUCGUUGGAUCUUCAAGAAAAAUGUUUCUGAUCGUUCUGGGAUGUUUGAUUCUGGCCAUUCUGACGACAUUCAAGGAACACGAGAACGUGUCGGCUCACCUGCUCGUCAUUGUGGAAACAUUCGCCAUCUUCAUCUUCGGAGCAGAGUUUGCUCUGAGGGUCUGGGCGGCGGGAUGCUGCUGUCGCUACAAAGGAUGGAGGGGGAGGCUGAAGUUCGCCCGCAAGCCUCUGUGCAUUCUAGACAUCUUCGUGCUGAUUGCCUCGGUGCCGGUGGUGGCGGUGCGGAACCAGGGCAACGUGUUGGCCACGUCCCUGCGCAGCCUGCGCUUCCUGCAGAUCCUGCGGAUGCUGCGCAUGGACCGGAGAGGAGGGACCUGGAAGCUGCUGGGGUCCGCCAUCUACGCUCACAGUAAGGAGCUGAUCACAGCCUGGUACAUCGGCUUCCUGUCCCUGAUCCUGGCGUCUUUCCUGGUCUACCUGGUGGAGAAGGACGACGUCUCCAUGGACGUGCCCAACCACGACAACCCCACCGCUCGGCCCACACCGCAGGACUUCGACACCUACGCCGACGCGCUGUGGUGGGGGCUGAUCACGCUGACCACCAUCGGUUACGGGGACAAGACCCCAAAGACCUGGGCUGGGAGGCUGUUAGCCGGCACCUUUGCUCUGAUCGGAGUGUCCUUCUUCGCUCUGCCUGCAGGGAUCCUGGGUUCAGGCUUGGCUCUGAAGGUCCAGGAGCAGCACAGACAGAAGCACUUUGAGAAGCGCAGACAUCCAGCCGCUGGGCUCAUCCAGUCUGCCUGGCGAUAUUAUUCCACCAAUCCAAUCAGGGACGACCUCAUCGCCACGUGGAGAUUUUAUGAAACCAUCAUCUCUCUCCCCUGUUUCAGGAAGGAUCACCUGGAGGCCAUAGCGAGCCAAAAACUGAGUUUACUCGAGCGUGUUCGCCUUCCCAACGCGCGGACAUCUGUUGGGACGGGCAAGAGGCUCACGGGUCACACCGACUCCAUUGAGGAAAGUCCCUCCAAGGAGCCGAAACCUGCCGGCUUCAGUAACCGCGAACGUUUCCGCACCGCCUUCCGCAUGAAGGCCACACUCCGCCAGAGCUCCGAAGAUGGCGGAGCCCUGGCAGAAACAGCCUCAGAGGAGCGGGGCUUCCCCCCAGACAUCCUCAUGGAGGAGAUGAUCCCCACACUGAAACUGGUCAUCAGGGCAGUGAGGAUCAUGCAAUUCCUCUUGAACAAGAAGCGGUUUAAGGAAACUCUGAGGCCUUACGAUGUCAAAGACGUGAUCGAGCAGUACUCUGCUGGACACCUGGACAUGCUCUGUAGAAUCAAAUACCUCCAGACAAGGAUCGACAUGAUUCUGGCCCCUGGACCCCCCCUCACCCCCAAACAAAAGAAAACUCCGAAAACGCCCUUUACCUACCCGUCCAAUCAGUCGCCCAGACAGGAGUCCUACCUCGCCAAAGCCGCCUCCAUUCCAGACGUUGAAGACCUAAGCAUGAUGGGAAGAUUUGUCCGGGUGGAGCGACAGGUGGAGGAUAUGGAGAAGAAGUUGGACUUCCUGGUGGACAUGCACAUCCAGCACACUGAGCACCUGCAGGUGGACUCUGCCGGCGCCGCCCACAUGACCCUGGAGACCUGCAACCCGACGGGAAACGGUGAGAUCCGGCGGGUUUUCUUCAACUACGCCGAGGCGUUUCCACACAUGUCGUACCAGACGCCUGUCAGCAAGGUGAAUCCGUACUGUGGCAGAGGACGGGGGGCCGGAGAGGGGACCGGGUUGGCUGGAAGCCACGUUCCUCCGCACCAUCAACCUCCGCCGUCACACCUCCACCAACACCAGCCUCCCGCUGCCAUCCCCACCUACGCCGAGCGUCCCACAGUGUUGCCCAUCAGCUCCCUGCAGGACUCGUCGGCGGGGUCGGGCAGGACCACAGGGGGGCGGGGGGCCGACUCGCCGCUCUCCAUGCUGUCGGUGAACCACGAGGAGCUGGAGCGCUCGCUGAGCGGGUUCAGCAUCUCUGGGGAGCGGGAGGAAGUGGGGGACUUGUCGACGGGGGCCGCGUUGGCAACCGGAGACGCUAGCUGGCCGAGACCCAGACCGAGCUACCUAGCGGAGGGGGAGACGGACACGGACACGGACCCCUUCACGCCCAGUGGGGGGCCCCUGCCUCUCUCCUCCACCGGGGAGGGGUUCGGUGACGCUGUGUGGAACACGCCACCCUGAGAGGUGUUUGCGUUACCGCACCGAAAUCCGCAACACUUAAGUUAAGACCCUGAAUCCAACCCAUGCCUCUAAACCCAAAUCAGCUUGGGUCAAAAGCCACACCUCUGGACCCAACCAUGCGGGGGGGGGUCGAAUCCGCCUUGAUGCUGCGAGGUCGUCGACCUUCAGAGGCUGAUCUCCUCCACCGACCGCCGUCCAGACAGAGAGCCAUGGCAUCAAGACUGCCCAGAAACAUAAAUCCAAUAAACAGACAGUUUGUAAAGUGAGACUCUGUACAGCGCACUCGAACAUCAAUAUACAUACUCUAUACACCCAAAAGCUUUAUCGCUGCAAAGCCAACCGCACUGCAUGUAACGCAUGCGAUGUUUAGUGUAGACACUGCAAAGUUCAGGAUAUCAGGAAACGGAGGAAGUGAUUGAAUGGAUACUUAUACUUGCUAUGCCAUUUUGUAACACUUAUUUUUUUAUAUGAAUACAUUUUCAUGGUUUUUUGCAUGGUUUGCAUGAUAAUGCAGCAUUCUAGGGGUGACGGUAGGACGGACGACAAUGGAACCAAAAGUCUCCUGUCUCUGUGUUUUGUGUGUUUGAUGGGUGUGUGUGUGUGUGUGUGUGUGUGUGCGUGUGUGCGUGUGUGUGUGUGUGUGUGAGAGAGAGAGAAGAAGGACAUGUGGGACAAAGACAGUGGUUGGGUGCCGUUGUUUGCUUUUCUCUCGUCAGCUGUAAACCCUGACUGAGGAUCUCUGAUCCCGUCUCUUUGCUUCACACACUGUGCUCUUGAGUUGUAUGUCACCAACUGUCUGCACACAAACCUUCUGGUGGGAAAAAACAGAGAAUUGGACAGAAUUUGAAACACUAAAUCUCUGCUGCUUUUGUUGGCACAUGAAUUCAGGGAUAUGAACCUGUACGUCUUUAGUUUAGCGUCUUCAUCACUCCUGAAGGAUUCUACCUGACGAUCAAAGGAUUUAUACUAUCGGAGCCAAGUAGUGGCUGGAGUUCCUCACACGAUCAGGAACUAGACAUAGAAGAAAACGUUUAAAAUGAAAUGAUCUCACAUAUCGUGUCACAGUGCUCCAUGUGUUAAACUCGCACCUCAAUAGAAAAAUACGCCCACAACAAAAAACCUGCAUUUGAAUAUUUGAUUAAAACAAGAACAACUCAGAACAACUAGAAUUGAUGAAACAUGAAUACUGCAAAGAGAAUGCAUGAUGAAACCAAAGCCUUGGAGUCAUCAGAAGUUAUUGUUACGAGGUUUUUAAAUACGAGGACAAAGGAGCAGAAAUAAACAAGAUCUAGAGAUCAAAGAUCAAAGAUUUAUUCUGCAAAGAUACAAUACACUCUGUAUAUUAGCUGAAACAGUCAAAUGUACUCUCAACGUCUUCUAGUUGUUUUUUAAACAAAUCUGAUAUUUUCUUAAAAACUAUUUUCUAAAUUCUGCACAGAUCUGUUUUUUUCUCUCUAUUAAAUCUCAACCACAUGUCUGCGUACUCCUCCUGACCUGAGGCGUGUCCAACACUCAAACUAUAAUGUUUAAAGCUCUGUCUGCACUGGAUGAUUAUUACCUCCAGAGAUAUUUAAUGACAGUCGAGUUCAUCUGUGUUUUUAAUCCACAACCUGUUUCAAAUCUGCCAAAAUACAAAUUCUGGACUUUUUAUUUCUGUGCAGGAAAUUCAGAAAACUGCGAUGAAAAAGACGUUGAGUAUUUAUGUUUUGCUCAUUUACGGUGUAUAAUCCUCUGAUUUGAAGAAGGAAUCCCUCCAGCUAGUUUUAGUCCUGAUGCAGUUAAAAGAACAUUUACCCACAAACAUGAGACGUCUGCAAUAAAUGUGUCCUUGAGUGUUUGUCACGCUCAACAUCAGCGACAGACGCCCAGAAAUCUGUUAGAAAUGUACAAUUUUGGCAGAAAAGCUUUUCACUAAAGUGAAUUUACUUUCUCUAAAAUCUAAAAACACAUCUUUAUAUAUGGAACUUCAUAACAUGCUAAAUGUAUUAUCAACAAACACAAAGUACUGCAUCGCGCUGCGAGUUAUUCCAUCGUCCAGUUCUGAACACAAACUCAGCAACUACACCACACCCUGCAAACACCGGGGGGGGGGGGCACGUAGAAACUCUGAAGAGGUUUCUGACGGUUCAGACUUUGAGACGAGUCUGAGCACCACUUGCUGCAACAAAAAAAACCUUUACAGGAGAUCACAUAUAGGCCUGAAACAGCAUUUAUACUUUAGAUUUAGGGCCACCGUGAUACCGAAUGUAAUAUCUGACAACCACCUAUAUCUAUAGCAUGUUAAAGCACCUUCAGGGUCAGGGCAGCGCUGGUGAGGGGCUUCAGGGUCAGGGCAGUGCUGGUGAGGGGCUUCAGGGUCAGGGCAGCGCUGGUGAGGGGCUUCAGGGUCAGGGCAGUGCUGGUGAGGGGCUUCAGGGUCAGGGCAGCGCUGAUGAGGGGCUUCAGGGUCAGGGCAGCGCUGAUGAGGGGCUUCAGGGUCAGGGCAGCGCUGGUGAGGGGCUUCAGGGUCAGGGCAGCGCUGAUGAGGGGCUUCAGGGUCAGGGCAGCGCUGGUGAGGGGCUUCAGGGUCAGGGGAGCGCUGAUGAGGGGCUUCAGGGUCAGGGCAGCGCUGAUGAGGGGCUUCAGGGUCAGGGCAGCGCUGAUGAGGGGCUUCAGGGUCAGGGCAGCGCUGAUGAGGGGCUUCCUCGCCGGGCUUGGAGCAGCUUCAACUGCUUCGAUGCUUUUCUGUUCGCUGCUCGUCUGCUGUUGGUGGAGUUCUUGUAAUUCAUUUGUUUGAGUUAAAGCAGAAGUUUGCAACAGUGAGUCAAACGUUAACAACAGACAGCUUUCUGAUUUUCGGCUCAAUACAGACAAAUAGAAGGAGUCACAGACGAAACAAUACUUUUAUAGAAAAUCAGUGUUUCUAGACCAGAAAACUAUAAAAGGACAAAACAAUGUUUACUUCUCAAAGAUGAUUUUAUGUUCUUCCUCCGUUUUAAUGUUGAAUGAACUGGAAUAUUAAUCUGAAAGAGGAAGACAAGAAUCCACCAGCUGCUUGUUUUCUCUUCUUUUAAUUAUUCUAUUUGUAUUUUUGUUCAUUUCAUCAAACUUACAUUUUUUAACUUCAAAAUAUCCUUCUUUUUAUUGACUUCUUAUGUUUUAAUAAUAAUACUGAACAGUUUGCUUGACAUUACAGUCAUUUACUGUUUUUUACUCAAAGUAUUUCUGUAUCUGUUAUUCAUACAAUAAUUUAAAUGAAUUCAACACUUUUAACAACACAGUCCAUGACUACACAUUAAUAUUUGGGUGUUAUGUGUAAAUCUCAAAAUAUGCAAAUAAAUUGCCAAAAUAUUAUUUCUGUUGUGCAAAUAUACGACGAAGAGGUUAAGAGGUUAAGAGCGAGGUCAUUUCACCAAAGUCAGCCAACAUCAAUGUGCUUAUAACGUGUCCUGGUUUAUUAAAAAAAAUGUGAAGAUGGCUUCUACAACAACAGACAAUACAGAGAAGUUUGAUAAAUAUCUAAAUUUAAUAAAACAAACUCACGUGACUCUUACCUGACAAACUCCGCCCGCCUGGCGCUCCAAGCAGCUUAAAACAAGCACUACUGUCGCUCUGCAGCUCAGACUGAAGCCUGGCGUGGACACAGGUCUACAGUCUGUGAAAUGAAGGUGAACCAAACACUUAAUAUCAUUAUUAAUUAUCUAUUUAUCUUAUUGUAUUACAGUCGAUAUAACUUCUGCUACUGAAGCCCGUUCGAAUAUAUAUAUAUUCUAAAAAUGAAUAAUCUUGCAAUGCGGACACAAAUUGUCACGACAUAUAGAAACAAGAUGGCGAUAUAUCCCCGUAGACGUUCAUUCAUUGUGCCUCUGAAGCAAGAAUCAUCCCUGAGAACGACGACUCGUCAUUCUGUAUUUAGUGUUUCAUCUCACCACG